ACCUACUUUUCUUUUUCCUCCCCACUCCCCCUCUUUCUUACACUCUUGGACUAGUGGACUUGCUCGAGAUGAAGUUUUUUAGGCUGUUUCUGGCGCCCAACGACUCCAAGCGCCGCUACUCAACCAUGACCAGCUCCGUCAUUGGCAAUGUAGAUUGCAAGAAGACGAUGAUGGAGAAGAGAGCAAAGAAAUGGGGUUUCGAAGGGCAGACGGGGCUAAAGGCAACCUCAGCCGUUACCGUCCGGGGAGUUCUCAACAUGUUGAUAGAAGGACUCAACAAAGAAGACAGCAGGCCAGUCAUUCCUCUUGGUCACGGCGAUCCAUCGCAUUUUCCGAGCUUCAGGACCGACGCCGUAGCUGAAAAUGCCGUCAUCGAUUCCCUACGGGCGGCUAAAUAUAAUUGCUAUUCACCCACUGUCGGCGUUUCUUCGGCCAGAAGGGCUAUUGCAGAUUAUCUUAGUCGUGAUCUUCCAUACACAUUAUCACCAGAUGACGUUUACCUAACACUCGGAUGUACUCAAGCAAUAGAAAUUGCGUUAGCAGUCCUUGCUCGCCCAGGUGCCAAUAUAUUGCUUCCCAGACCGGGCUACCCCUACUAUGAAGCUUGUGCUACCUAUAACGGUCUCGAGGUCCGCCAUUUUGACCUUCUUCCUGAAAAGGAGUGGGCAGUUGAUCUGAAUGCUGUUGAGACUCUUGCAGAUGAGAAUACUGUUGCAAUGGUCAUUAUAAACCCUGGAAAUCCUUGUGGAAAUGUCUUCAGCUAUGAACAUUUAAUGGAGGUUAGUUAA